UGGGUAAACAUGUUAUCGGCUGAGCACAAAAUUUAAAACAACAUAGGAUACGUUGAGUUUUGAAUCAAAACUAUCAAGAAAAGAAAGUCCAUUGUGAAUUUCCAAACAAAAUGGGGAAGGAUUCAAACAGUUCUUCCAGAGUACUUGAUGGGAUACCCGAACCUUUGCCGGAUUGGAACGAAGAUCCAGAAGUUUGGAAAUGGGCGUUGCCUGUACACAGUUACGUCUUUGGAAUAACCUUUUUCUUCAUCGCCGUCUACGGGGUUUACAAUCUGGUCAAGCUUUGCAAAAGCAAGAUGAAAAACUCGAGAAAUUACUUCGUUGCAAUAACAGGGUUGGUUUGUUUUCUAGGCUUCACCCGUGCUGUGGUGUUGCUAGGCGACCCUUACUCCACGCGGAGACCUUUCGCAUUGACCCCGGGCUAUGGACUGCUGUUAUUCAGCUUGGGUUACCCUUGUCUUACAUCCGGGUUCUUUCUCAUCAACUGGUCAUUGGUCGAGGUCACGAAACUGCAGUUGCUACCGUCCCGCAUUCACAAGCGCAAAGUUCUGGCACUAGUUUUGGUGAUACACUUCGUGGUGGUGAUAACGUUUGAUAUGAUAUUUGUAUACUUCUCACAGACGAUAUUCCUCUUCAUCUGUCGUUCCUUCUUCGUGGUCUGGGGCAUACUACUCUUUGGUGGUUUCAUUGUAGCCUCGAUUAGACUCCAAAAUCAAGUGAGACAAACUCUUAGGAAUCUCACAGUCACCGGUAAUGAAACCCCGGUCGCUCGCGGUCAAAGUAACAACGAGAAAAACGCGAGACCGGCUCGCUUCCAAGAAGCUCGCACCAGGAAAGUGAUGAAAAUCGCGCGACGUGCGGCCGCCACAGGCCUCCUGAUUUGCUGCACGCAGAUUUAUGCCCUCUGGGAGUUCUACGUGUUCUACAACAACGACGUCGUCCCGAAAGCAUGGCCUUGGUGGGGCUACCAGACGUCUUUUCGAUGUGUUGAAUUAUUCAUGGUUAGUCAAAUGUUUCUCAUCAUCCGCCCAAAGAAAUAAUUUGGUUGUGUUCGUCGGUUGCUAUA